AUGGACCCGCCUUCCGCCGCCGCCGGGCUGCGCGUGGCUGGGCCCGAGGGCAGCCGAGCCUGGGGGAACCCGAGAAGAGGCGCUAAGAGCAGGGCGAAUGCCAGGGCGGAUCACCAGCGGCCCUCCGCCGCCACCGCCGCCACCGCCGAAGGCCUGGGCGCCCCGCUGCCUUCCGACCCUGAGUCCUCCGAUGAGUUCGGGGAGAUACAGCUGAUGAGGGUGAGCAUUUACUCCAAAGAAGGAGGCCAGGCCAAGCCCAGCAGCCCCGAGGAUCCCGGGGACACACCCAGACACUCGAAUUUCCGCAUCAGGGAGAAUUUCCUGCACGUGCCGGGCCCUUUCCUGACCUCGGCUCCCCGAGGAUUCACUUCGGUUGUGGAGAGGCAGGCCAUCGGAGAGCUGGACAUGCCCUCCUCCAAGAAAAUGCAGAGCGUGGUCUGGGGGAAGGGGGAGAGCAGGCCCACCUACCGGGGAGCUACUGCUGUUGCUGCGACUGCUGCUGCUGCUGCAGGCGGCUUGCCCCGGGCCACCUCUAGGAGGAAGGUGACCCAGGAGAAGAAAUCCCUAGGGGGCCCCUCAAGAGUCACCUCGGGGAAAAGCUUUCCUUCCUGGGGGCAGAGAGUCUCGGCAGCUCCCCUGGAACCGGCCACCUUCCCCCCAAUCUCUGGUGUCCCGCUGCUUGGCAAGUCCAAGAAGCAUUCCGUGGGCCCUUGGGGAAACAAACAGCCCAAGCACACGGGGGCCGGGAAGAAAUCGGUGGCCAGGAGGACUCGGGAGGCGGAGGUGGUGGCGUCGGCAGGAGAAGGCACUGACUCAAGCAGAGACGCAUUCCCAAAGGGCCAGCUUCCAAAACAGAGGCCAGGACCAUCUUGUUUGUGCAUGCAUCGUGGAGAAUGCAGCACUGGCGACCUUCAGGCCAGAGCCCCCCAAGUCCCAGGAAGCUCGGAACCCUUGGCUCCGAGCCAGGGAGACGUCCUGCCCAGAGGGCCUGCACCCUCCGGUGACCAGGAGCCACUUGACCAGCCCCCAAGGCCAGAGAGGCAGCAGCCGCCGCCAGCUGGCGCACAGGACUGUCCUCGGUGUCUCGUGCUACAGAGAGAAAUAGACGAUCUCAAAGAGCAGCUUGCGGCCAUGCGGUCCCUGACUGACAAGUUCCAGAGCCUUUGAAGUUGAGCCCAGCAUCUCUGCGCAGGAGGAGCAUCUGGUGCCUUUGGAGCCAGGGAGCUGUGGCCAAGCCGCUUCCCUCCUGUUCGACCUCGGCCAAGACUUCCUCUCCCUGUUCUUUUGCCCCCUCCCCAGCCCCAUUCA